CCGGCCGAGCCCCGGAGCGCCGCCGCCGCCGGGGUGUGAGCGGGGCCCGGCGCCGUGCCGGGCCGUCCCUCGCCGGCGGGGCCAUGGCCGCGAGCGCCAAGCGGAAGCAGGAGGAGAAGCACCUGAAGCUGCUGCGGGAGAUGAGCAGCCUCCCGCCCAACCGCAAGUGCUUCGACUGCGACCAGCGGGGCCCCACCUACACCGACAUGACCGUGGGCAGCUUCGUGUGCACCUCCUGCUCCGGCAUCCUGCGGGGCUUGAAUCCACCCCACAGAGUGAAGUCGAUUUCAAUGACUACGUUCACACAACAGGAAAUAGAGUUUCUGCAGAAACAUGGAAAUGAAGUGUGCAAACAGAUUUGGCUAGGCCUAUUUGAUGAUAGAUCAUCAGCAAUUCCAGACUUCAGGGAUCCACAGAAAGUAAAGGAAUUUCUACAGGAAAAAUAUGAAAAGAAAAGAUGGUAUGUUCCUCCAGAGCAAGCAAAGGUGGUGGCAUCAGUCCAUGCAUCCAUCUCGGGCUCUUCUGCCAGUAGUACAAGCAGCACACCUGAGGUGAAGCCGCUCAAAUCUCUCUUGGGAGAAGCUGCACCCGCACUGCACUUAAACAAGGGCACACCUAGCCAAUCUCCUGUUGUAGUUCGAUCUCAAGGACAGCAGCAACAAGAAAAGAAACAAUUUGACCUCCUCAGUGACCUUGGCUCAGAUAUCUUUGCUGCUGCCCCUCCUCAGUCAACUGCUACAGCGAAUUUUGCUAAUUUUGCACACUUCAACAGUCAUACAGCGCAGAACUCUGCCAAUGCAGGUUUUGCAAACUUUGAUGCAUUUGGACAGUCUAGUGGCUCGAGUAAUUUUGGAGGUUUCCCCACAGCAAGUCAGUCUCCUUUUCAGCCCCAAAAUACAGCGUUCAGAACGCUUUCAUCUAGCUGCAGUUUUGGUGAAUUUACUUCAGCUUUUCCUCUCCAGGCUGUACACAGUGGAAGUGCUGGAUCAGUGAAUGCUAAUUUUGCUCACUUUGAUAACUUCCCCAAAUCCUCCAGUGCUGAUUUUGGAUCCUUCAAUGCUUCUCAGAGCAACGCCACAGCAACUGCAGCCAGUAAAGCUGCAGUGAAUAAACUGAAUCUUCAGUCAGCUGACAAAUAUGCAGCUCUUGCUAAUUUAGAUAAUAUCUUCAGUGCAGGGCAAGGUGGGAGUGAGCAGGGAAGUGGCUUCAGCACAGCAGUGUCCUCAGCAGGCCCUGCCUUGUCAGCCCCCAACCAGUCAAGUGCAUCUUCGGACAAGUACGCGGCGCUGGCGGAGCUGGACAGCGUGUUCAGCUCCACGGCCACCUCCAGCAACGCCUACACCGCCACCAGUAAUGUCAGCAGCAAUGCUUUUGGAACAGUACCUGUAGCUGCUACAGCACAGACACAGCCUGCAUCUUCAAGUGUGCCUGCUCCAUUUGGAGCAACACCUUCCACAAAUCCAUUUGUAGCUGCCCCUGUUGCCCCAGUGGCACCUUCAACAAAUCCAUUCCAGACCAAUAGCCGAGGAGCAACAGCAGCAACAUUUGGUACUGCAUCCAUGAGCAUGCCGGCAGGAUUUGGAACUCCUGCCUCCUACAGUCUUCCUACUAGUUAUAGUGGCAACUUCCAGCAGCCCACGUUCCCAACCCAGGCAGCUUUCCCUCAACAGACUGCUUUUGCUCAGCAGCCAAAUGGAGCAGGUUUUGCUACAUUUGGGCAAGCAAAGCCUGUAGUAACUCCUUUUGGACAAGUUGCAGCUGUUGGAGUAUCUAGUAACCCUUUUAUGGCUGGUGCACCAACAGGACAAUUUCCAACAGGAAGCUCAUCAACCAAUCCUUUCUUAUAGCCUUAUAGACACUUUACCCAAAAGAACUCUUAUGUGGUCACAUAACAUCUCUGCGCCUCUUGCACUGUUGUCUUGUUUCACUGAUAUUAGCUUUAAACACAAAAGAAGUCUUUAAGAAGUAAAAAUAAAA